AGACGACGCGACUUUGAGCCAACAUCCGGGAACUUCAGAGCUAGUCCAACAUGGCUUCCAACGAUUUCUAUCUCCGCUACUACGUCGGACACAAAGGGAAAUUUGGCCACGAAUUCCUCGAGUUUGAGUUCAGACCAGAUGGUAAGCUGCGAUACGCAAACAACUCCAACUACAAGAAUGACACCAUGAUCAGAAAAGAGGCAUAUGUACACAAGAGUGUGCUACAGGAGUUGAAGAGAAUCAUUGAGGACAGUGAGAUCAUGCAGGAAGACGACACACUGUGGCCACCACCAGACAGAGUAGGAAGACAGGAGCUGGAGAUAGUGUUGGGGGACGAGCACAUCUCAUUCACAACAUCCAAGAUCGGUUCUCUCAUCGAUGUCAACAACUGCAAAGACCCUGAAGGCCUGCGUGCAUUCUACUACCUGGUCCAAGACCUCAAGUGUCUGGUGUUCUCUCUCAUCGGCCUUCACUUCAAGAUCAAACCCAUCUAGACUGGCUUAUUUCUUAGUACGUUAAGAUGUAGUGUGUAGCAGCUGGUCUUAAACUUAAAAGGAGUCUGUAGGAUUUUUUGUCAUUUGUUCCUAUGAGCCUUUUAUUCUCAUGUCCGUGCAUUGGCCAAGUUGGACUUUUGGAGUUGAAUGAACUGGAGCCCUGUCUAGGAAUUAUCUGGGUAAAAGUCCAUCAUACUUAGCAUCACCAACAAAAUAUGUAAUAGUAACCAUUUGGAGCCCAAAUCCUACAAACUCUUUCAGUGUCCUUUGAAAAUCCAUGGGUACCCAUGGCAAGUCUGUAAAGGAAACUGUACAUUAGGCCUUUUAUUUCUGUGAAGUUUUUUUUUUUUUCACAUGGUGUUGAUGUAUUAUUUGUUAGCAGGCAGAUGUAAGGGGAGAAGUCAGAAAAGAAGUGUAACAGGCAGACAGGAAUGUUGUAGAGCAGAUUGAAAAACUGCCAUGUAUUAAAAUGGUUAUAAUGUAAAGACUUUCAUGCAUUUGAAGACUCUGGCAAGAAAAUCAAUGUUAUGUAUCUGGCACUUUUGAAAUGCACUGUAUAACUUAUGUCUUCAGUUGAAUUGAUUUUGUCAAGACAACAGAAAUAUACUUUGCGAUCAUUGUUAUCAUUUUCCUUUCUAUAGUCAUUACCGAACAUUUUCUUUGUCUUGCGUACAAAGACUAAUCUAUAACCACAAAAGCAUUUGAAAGGAACAGGAUGAAGUUUUUCACAUUGCACAUAAGAUUUUACAGGUAGUCUUGUAUUCAGAUGAAAAAGUGUAGUAUGUACAGUAUACUCCAUGUAUGUACAAAAUAAACAUCAUUCCUUCACUUU